AUGUCUAAAAAUCUUAAAAUAAAAGCAACCAAAGCUAAAGUAUCUGAAGCAUCAAUGCAAGGAAUUGGAUCCUCGUCUACAGCUUCAUUAGGGACUUCGGUCCAAAAUAAUUUGUGUGAGAGUGAGAAAAACGUUGGGACUUCGGUCCAUUUAAAAAAUAACAAAGUAACUUCGGUUCAAAAUAAAAUGUCAAGUGAAGAAAAACUUUUGGAAGUUGUGAAUGUCAUUGAUCCACAGAGAAUUACGGAAAGUUUGGAGAAUUUUGUCCUGGAGGCCGAAAAUGAAAAUACGGAAGAUGAAGAAAUACUGAAAGAAGCUCUGGAUAAAUGGGAGGAAGCAUGUAAUUCGUGGAGAGAAGAAAAUGAAUCACAAGCCGUCGGAACUAGUGGGCUUAGUGGAGUCUCGGCUCAAAAUAAAGAUAAGUUUACAGAAGUAAAAAGUAAAGGAAAACAUUAUGUUAUAUCCCAACUUCAAGAAGCCAGACUUAUUGCAGUGUCUACAUCCCCUAACAAAGAUGGGUGGCCUCUAUUCAUGGAAAUUCCUUGGAGUGCUCUAGUCGAAAUGAACAAUGAAGGCGCGAAAGAUGCGUGUGUCGGAGAUGACAUUUACAUUACUAAAUUCAAGCUUCGUACUGACAAAUUCCAAACCUUGAAUGAAAAUACAUGGUUCUAUCAAGGCAAUAUUAAUUGGCAAGCUACGGCGACUGAAAUAGAAAUGGUUGCAAUACAGGAGUUUAGAUUGAAAACAGGGUUUGUUGUAGAAACUAAGAGAAGGGGAAAAGAUAGAAAGACGGGUUCAAUUCGAGUUAUUGCUUUUGGAAUGGAGCGGACUUCGGUCCUUUAUAAACGUCAGUGUAUGCGAGUUGACACCAAUUGA